AUGGCAGAUAAAAGUCAUUUUGAGAACCAAAAAGUGAUCAAUGAAGAAGAAGAGAAAAGAAUAGAACAUUACUCUUCAUAUCAUCAAAUACUAUUAGUUGGUGAAGGAGAUUUCUCUUUUUCUCACUCUUUUGGCAACGCUUCUAAUAUUGUUGCUUCCUCUCUUCGAUCAUAUGAUGAGGUGAUCAAAAUGUACAAGAAUGGACAAUCGAACUUAGAAAAGUUGAAAUCUUUGGGAGGAAGUAUAUUGCAUGGUGUGGAUGCUACUAAAAUGCAGCGUCAUUGUGAUCUUAGAACCAGGAAUUUCGAUCGCAUUAUUUAUAACUUUCCUCAUGCAGGGUUUUAUGGCAGUGAAGAUAAUAAUCAUCUUAUCCAAAUGCAUAGGAAUCUUGUGGAAAGUUUUUUUGGGAGUGCCAAAAGAAUGUUGCCAGUUGAUGGUCAAAUUCAUGUUACCCAUAAAACGACUCCUCCAUACGACCUUUGGGAUCUUGUUGGACUUGCAUCAAAACACUCCUUGUUUUGUAUCGAAUGUGCUGAAUUCAAGAUUGAAAACUACCCCGGUCACAACAAUAAAAGAGGAGCUGGUUCAAAAUGUGAUGAACCUUUUCAUCUCGGUGAGUGCAGUACCUUCAAGUUUAUAUUAAGUUAUAUUCAAGAAACAUUUGGAAGAGAGGACGUUGAUGUUGAAUUUUCCGUUCGUCAAGCUAUACAACGUGGUGCUUUAAUGUUCAUUGCUGAGACUGGGAGGCCCUCUGAAGAUUACUUGAAAGUUCUGGACGAGCUUCAUUUUUGGAGCCGGUCAAGAAUAUUGGGGUUAAAACAGAAGCUGCAAGAUCUUGAUCAAAGGGUGUUUGAGCAACAGCGUAUGGGAUAUUACCUAUAG